CUGGUUUAUUAUUUUCUACGCGCGCGUGUUUCAGUUAGAGCAGUUCAACGACUGCAAGAGAUCGACACUGAAAAGCGUGAACCAAUAUUGCUGCGCUGCUCAGCUGUACAACAUGCCACACGUGUUAUUCGAAUAGAUACACUGCAACGGACAUCCAAAUUUUAUGAUAUUUUGCAUGAAUUCCAUUCUCCGGUGAACUUCUUUGGCCUUCUUUUUGCGAUUAUUGUUAUUACUUUUGUUAAAAUGCUUCUCUCCGACGAGCUGCCGAGCCGAAAAACGCCCAGGAAGAAAUUUGGACCACCAACAGACUGGCCAUCAGCACUGAUCAAAGCAGUCGGAAAAAUUGCCAGUUACAUAGUUACACAGGCAUUGUACCGUCUGGUACCGUCAGCUGAAACAGAUGAAGGAGCUGUAAGAUACCUAUUUGCAUCAGCAAGUGGUCGUUCAACGCGUAUUCAUCUUCGCUGUUCGCCAACCUAUACGAUCCACUGGCACGUUAUUUCUCCAAGCAAGGAGCUACAGGUAGAAGUACUAGCGUGACC